AAACCCAAACAGCCCAGCUCUCAGCUAUUCCCAUAAAAAGUGUCUAUUCUCGUUACCAAAUAGGCUUGAAUCGUGUGUCCUCCCAGAAAGAAGACCAUCGAACCUUCUGGUCCUCUCCUUCUGUUCCUCUCCCUCUCCCCUCACAUAUUAAUUCUUUGCAUGUAGAUGCUUCGAUCGAAGAUAGGGAGAAGCAGAUGUGGUUGACUGUGGUCAUCGGCUUCGAAUCCUUCCAGGUAAGCGAGUAUGGGGUGCUGGGCUUGUCAGUUGAGGAGUGGGUGAAGGAAUUGCAUUUGAUAUCUUUUAUUUUAAUUAAGGAUACAAGAGCAGAAGGCAGGGGAAGAGUUGCUCGUAUCCAGAGAAGGCUACUUAUUGUGGAGGUUGAGAAAACGAUUAUGAAGUACCUAGCCUAUCUUGACCAGCAGCAUGUAAGAAGCUUAGUCUGUUCUUAACUCUUUUGAUUAAAAUAUAUCCCAUGCCACCUACCUUCAAUGACCUCCAUUUCACCAUGUCAAUCAGCCAUGUUGGUUACUUAACACUCUUUUUUUACAUUAUCUUUAGGUGUUUGCCAAAAUACAAUACUGUCUGUUUAUCAAAGAGUGAUACUUUCACCAUCCUGAUUGACUUGUAAUAGUGAGGAUUUAUUAGAGAAAUUGUGAAGAUAGAUUGUCUUUCCACCAUUUCUUAAGUGUUUUCUAAUGUUAUUUGAUGGGACUUUGUCUUUGCAAUUUCAGUGUAAUAUAGUUCUGCUCCACAACAUUUGGGUAUUAUGCUUAAGCAAUUGCUGCACAAGAAAUAUUUGGCCAUACAUUGCAGUCUCUUCGUGGGAUUAAAUAUUUGUACAAGUGAGUCUUACUUUAUGUUUUUACUUAUAUGCAUGUUUUCCUUUUGCUGAUCAUGUUGGGUUCAUUGGUUGUGUUAAAGGUAUAGUGUGUUUCAAAUUGCAUUUGUCGUUCUAGCAGGAUUGACCUUUGUAUACUAUGCUGCCUCUGUAAGUUUCUACUUUCUAGUUCUUGUUUACCAUUUGGCCCUUAAAUUCCUCCUCCUGAAUGGUUGCUUGGGCCUAUUUUUUAUGUAUUCAAAUAACAAUUGUGCUUGCAU